GUUGUGAUGUGAAUUGUGAUAUCCUUUAUUUAUAAAUACGUUAUUCUCUGAAGAGCGAAACAGUCAUUGAAAAACUUUAGAAAUGAGUCAACACUUACGGUGACAAAAAUAAUUUAUUGUUAUGAAAUAUUUUCGUAUCACAGCAAAACUAUUAUUAUUUUGAUGGGUUGUGCAGCCUCAGGCUUGAAUAAAACUAUGUCAUUGUUCGGAAAACGCUCUCAAGAUCCUCAGGACGUGAGAAUAAAAGAAAUCGAAAGAAAAUUGUACCUAGCGAAAGAGUCACCGGAUCCAGAGUUCGAUAUAUCAGAUUGUCAACUGCGUCAACUCCCAGCGGGUAUAUUCUCAAUAUGCAAGGUAUUUCGCAAAGACUAUUUAUAUCUGCAGAAUAACCGCUUGUCCUCAUUAGAAGAAGGUGGACAACUACUCGAUCUGCGUUUGGUUAAAAUACUCAACAUAAGUUUUAAUAAUUUUAAACAUUUACCUAGUAAUAUAAAGUAUUUAAGUAGCCUUACAGAAUUGUACAUCCAAAACAACUGCCUAGAAAGUUUGCCUGAUGGUAUAGGACACCUCCAGAGCCUUAAAAUUUUAGACAUAUCAAGCAACAGUUUGAGAAGCUUAACUCCUGAACUAGGUAAAUUAAAAUGUUUGUCCAAUUUAAAUAUUUCUAAAAAUGAAAAUUUACACGAACUCUGUCCAGAACUCUGUCAUGCAAAUAAUUUAACACAUAUUGAAUUAGAUGUGGAGAAUAUUUUAUUCCCUUCUAUCGACAUUACCUCACAAGGUACAGCAACAAUUAUGAAAUUUUUAUGUAGACACAUGAAUGUUGAAUAUAUUGAACCAAUCUUGGACACCCCGAAUGCAUUGCCAGCACAAACAUCGAGCAGGACUGGUGCUUUCCAAAAUCAGCUUAGGUUUAUUUGGGAAGAGCAGGAGGCUAUUUCGAAGGAACGGGAGGAGAAAAUCCACAGGCACAAUCAGCAACAGCGAGAGAAAUUUUUAACAAAAGUUCUGCAAAGCCAGCAAAAUCUCGACUUAGAAAUAGCAAAAGCCCAGGAAAGUAGGGAACAGGAGAGGCAAAGACUUUUUAAAUGUAUCCAAGAUGAUGAAAACACAAUAAAGUGUUUGCUCAAAAACUUUAUUCAGUCUGAUAGAUUAAAACCUGAAGUUAUACAGCAGCUGCUGGCUCACGAGCAGGCUGAACAUGAUUAUCUUUUGGAGAUCACUAGAAAAAAUUAUGACAACAUCAGAAAAGCUGAUAUCAUGAAAGCGACCGAGCAACUCAUGGAGAAAGAUAAUUUGAUUAGAUAUUAUAAAAAACAUUACAUUGAUAACCUAAAUAAUAUGAAACAGGACAUAUUAGUAAAGGAGACUGAGGGAGCUACCAAGUUGGCAAACAUACUGUAUGCCAGGAAUGAAAACAGGUCAGGAAUGAUACAGCAACUUCUUGAAGACCAGGACCUACAGCAAGCUGCCGUUGCCUCCCUACUCGAUAGAGUUGAUGCCAAGAGCUGGAGUUUAAAUCAGGAAAUAUCAUUAGUAUCCUCGCAUCUAGCAAAACUCAGUAUUAUAGAACAAGAAAAGAAAAAGGUGCAGUUGGAGUAUAACUUCAAUGACCUUUUGCAGCAAAGAAUAGAGUUAGUCAAUCUUCUGGAUGAUUUAUUCCAGCAAAGAACUAAAAGAAGACAGCAGCUGCUCGACACAUUAAAGGAAGCUGAAAGUGAGACACCAACAAAGACAGACUUUUGGUUGAGAAGUUACCAAAAACUUCUCGACUCUGCCCCCAAAAGUUUAUUUGAUAUUGGUAAAUUAGACCCCAUCUUUGCCAACUAUCUGAUCCAAGAAGGUGUUAUACAUUGUCUACCAUUUUUAGUAAAGUUUAUAUUCUCUGGAAAACCCUUGGUGAACAUUUCUAAUGAAGAUCUAAAGCAAAAUGGUGUCAGUCUCACUUCAGAUAGAGAGAGUAUUUUGCGAGCGAUAAGUCAAUACAUAGACUCGAAAUCUCAGGGAGCAGAUGAGAUGGCCUCGCCGAGUGCUCCAACUCUGUCGGUAACCAACUAUAAUUAUUCGGGAGUUCUCAAUGAAAAUGAACAAGAGGAUGGAUCAGAAAGAGCAGAGUGUGUAAUAUGUAUGGAUUCAAAUCCGGAGACAGUAUUUGUUCCCUGCGGUCAUAUGUGUUGCUGUCAGGCCUGCUCACAAAAUGAACUACAAAGUUGCCCAAUGUGUAGAGCAACGAUUGAAAGAACAAUCAAAGUACUGCUAGUAUUGUGAAAGUAAAACUUCCUAAAUAUUACUUUUCUGGGAGAAGAUAGACUUGCAGUACAUAAUAAUUUGUUAUUAAAUAUAAAAACAAUGUUUAUGGUCCAUUUAGUAAUAUUGGAUAGUUAUAAAAAAUAAUAUAUAAAGUUAGAAAGAAAA